CUCAGCACCUAGUGGAAGACAGACUGAGGAGUGGAUGUGUAGAGGACAAAAGGAGGAAAUGUGGAGUUGUGAGGAUGUACCACAAUGAACGACAAACCAUAGGGACAGUAACCGUGUCCUGGACUACCAACAACUAAGCAUAUUUUGGCACCUGUAAAAGUGCCAGAUGUGACUCCACAUUGGGAUUCAGUCUCGUUUUUGAUGAAGACAAUGGAUUAUGGACUCUCCACUGUGAAGAAGUAGGGAAUAAAACCAGGUGAGACGUUCAGUCUCUCAAUUUGAAUCCCUCACUUUGCUCAGACAACAUGAUUAAUCGGCCCCAGGCGGCCGAAAUUGAGGAGUUCGACAAGCUGUCUGGAAACUGAUCCUGAAAGCCACUGAAGUCAACCACAGCUGGACACAGACAACAUCUGUUUCAAACAGUGCUUCAUCCAUCCCACCAAUCCUCCAUCAUGGCAGAGCCGUCUCCAGGCUGGUGGAAGCUGACUUUCUUGAGGAGAAAGAAAUCCCAACCUAAGGUUCUGUAUGAAAUCCCUGCAGAGUUUGUUUCCAACGCCACCACUGGUGCAGCGACUGGGUCUGCCGCCCACCCUGAGGACAUGGUGCACGACCCCCAGCUGGACGCCCGGCUGGAGAGGAUCGUGGAUAAAACAACAGCCAGUAAGGGGCGCCACGUAAAGGUGUCUCACUCUGGGAGGUUUAAGGAGAAGAAGAAAGUGCGAGCCACUCUGGCGGAGAACCCUGAGAUGUUUCCAGGAGAUGAAACCAAAAGGGAUGAGAACCAGAGGGCUGGGAAGUGACAGGAUACACAAAUAUUAAAAAUUAAUAUAAAUUAAAUACACAAAAAUAUGUACUGUAGAAACACAAACACAUAAGAUUCAAUCACAGAUCCAUAUAUCAGGAGAGUUUAAAAUUAGCUGUUUGGAUAUGGUCUGCCUUUUUUGGUAGCUGAUGGAGCCCUAAUAUCCAAAUGAUUGACAGCCCUGAGCCUUAAUAUCUUCUUUUUAAAACUUUGACCAUAAUUACCACUGAAACACUAAUUAGACUUUUGGACUUUUGAAAAAAAAAUACCUAGUUUAUAUUUCUGUAGAGUAGUUUCAGGUUUUGCCCAUUCAGAUCAAGUAGUAGAAGCAUCCGGUGGCCACGGGAGGAACUGCAUCUUGGAGCUCCGGUUUCUACUGAGGUGUUGGCUGCUUCAUCAACCUUCUGUAGACAGAACCACACAGGUUCUCCCAUCCUCUUCAACCAGGUCUUUGAUAACAAGUCCACACUACUGUCCAGAUGCCCUGGGAUCGAACCAGUGACCUCUCCGUUACUGAGUGGAUGAUCUAAAUAGCAUACUGGACCUUUGGGUCACCUGUGACACUGUGGCAGUGAUGCACAAAAACGACGACUAAAAGAUACAGUGACAAUGUGUGAAGACAAUCACAGGUGACCUGUCUUGACUCUAGAUUUGAAAUGAAAAGAUAGAUUCAGGUACAUAUUGUGUUAAACUUAUGCCAAUCAGAUUGGUCGAUUCAUAUUUGUGGUAAAUGUGGGUUGUGCAUUUCUUGUCAAUGUAUUUUGUCUCUUUGUGAUGAAUUCUAUGUGAAGGAAAGUCAUUUGUGAUUAAAUCACUUUUGGAUAAGCACGUUACCAGAUAGAAACACUCCCUCACAUUUGGAUAAACUGUGUGAAGUCAUUAUCCUGUCAGUGACUAAGCUAAAUAUCUAUUAACACGUUUGUUAUGCGAGAGAGCUUUUGGUCAUAAUCAAUAAAACUCUUUAUUUGACAAAACAAUGUUCAUUUUCCUGCUAAUAAUGUCAGCAGGGAGUAAGACACCCUGGUCCCAAAAUGACUUAUACUGUAUAUCACAGUGGCAGUGGUGCAGCCAGCAUGUGACUGGCAUAUCAAACAUUUGUUGCAGGCUCAGAUUAUUUAGGUUUAGGCACUAAAACUAGUUGGUUAGGUUUAGGAAAACAUUGUGGUUGGACUUAAAAAUGCCUGUUACUUAUCCAACUUUAGUUAUGAGUGUAUAACGUUACAUAUAUGGCUUACAUUAAAAAAAUAAAAAAUAAAAAAAAGUCAGCAUUAACUGACUGAUGCAACAGCUGUAAAUCAGUAGGAAUGUAGUAAUAUAAGUAAUAUAUAUGUAUAUCUAGUAGAAGGCUAACUGGGCAUGCCUGAAAUAUAACCACAUGUUGUUACCAGUUAAACACAGUAGGUGGCAGCAUUUCACUAAGAAACACUGUUUAACAAUUGCUCUGCUGUUUUGGGGGCUCAGCAGCCACUCAGAGGCUUGUUUCCUUGACAGAUGUCAGCCUGUCAGCCCAACAUCUGGACCAUUCUCAACUCCCAAUUAAUAAAUCUGUCACUUUUAUACGUUUUGAAAUAAAUUAACAAAUUACA